AAAUUCUGACAUGCGCAGUACAUUGACUGCAAUAUGUCCAGAGAUUAGGACACCGAAAACUGUAGAUGCCAAAUGGGACUGCCGGCGUUUUUAUCUAAUUAAUCUUAAAUCAGUGACAAAAUGGCUGCGGUUAACGGACAGAUGUCACUGAUAGUAACCUCGGUGAUUUCUACACUGCAGUGAGUAAAUGGGUGGGAAAUCUCGGCAGGAGUUUACAUUCAUGCGACGCGCUUAACUUAGCAAAGUCAAGGAACUUCGGGUUGUGGCGAAGGAAAUAACAGGAGAACAGGAACUGCACAGACAGGACGCUAGCCAUGGAAGAUUUCGGGACCGCGUUAGAGAAGAAUGCCUCGGAUUUGACGGUAAUGGACGUGUACGACAUCGCCGCGGUCGUGGGACAAGAGUUCGAGCGUAUAAUUGACCAGUAUGGGUGCGAGGUGUUGUCACGUCUGAUGCCUAAAGUGGUGCGGGUACUGGAAAUCCUGGAGGUGCUGGUUAGCCGAAAUAGCAUCAGCCCUGAAACCGAGGAGCUGCGGCUGGAACUGGACAGACUGCGCCUGGAACGAAUGGACCGACUGGAAAAAGAAAAGAAACACAAAAAGGAGCUGGAGCUGGUGGAGGAUGUGUGGAGAGGAGAGGCCCAGGACCUGCUGACGCAGAUCGCCCAGCUGCAGGAGGAGAACAAGGCCCUGCUCAGCAACCUGUCCCUCAAAGACUCCCCCAUGAGUGAGGAGGACCUGCAGAGACAGGAAGGUAUGUCGGAGAGGGAGAGACAGGUGAUGAAGAAGCUGAAGGAGGUCGUGGACAAGCAGCGAGAUGAGAUCCGUGCGAAGGACCGGGAGCUGACGCUGAAGAACGAGGACGUUGAGGCACUCCAGCAGCAGCAGAGCCGGCUGAUGAAGAUCAACCAGGACCUGCGGCACAGGAUGACAGUGGUGGAGGCGCAGGGCAAGGCGCUGAUCGAGCAGAAGGUGGAGCUGGAGGCCUCCGCCCAGGCACAGCAGCAGGAGCUGGCCAGCCUGCGGCAGGAGGUGGGCGAGCUGCGCCAGCACCAGCAGGGGGCGCCCAACUACAACGGCGAGGAGCCGCCCGCUCCAGCUAAGGAGGCGCUGUGUGAGGAAGACCAGGCAGGCGAGAGGGGCGCUCUUGACCCAAAAGACCACAACCGGCCCCGCUUCACACUCCAGGAGCUGCGGGACGUCCUGCAUGAGAGGAACGAGCUGAAAGCCAAAGUGUUCAUGCUGCAGGAGGAGCUUGCGUAUUACCGAAGUGAGGAUCCAGAGGAAGAGACCGGACCCUCCACGCCAAAUCCCUCCCUCGUGCCACGGGCCCGCCCCCUCCCCAACGCCCAACCAGAGUCAGGGAUCAAACGCCUGUUUAGUUUCUUCUCGCGAGACAAGAGGCGGAGCUCCCAGAGGAACGCCCGAUUGGACGACAGUUUGAGCUCGUGGGCGGGGAAGGAUGACGUGUACACAGAGCAGGCCCAGGAGGCCUUGCAACACCUGUAGCCACGGAAACCAACAGGACGUGUGGUUCGCUGUGACCUCUGACCCUGCCCCACAUUCACAUUAUUAGGGUCCCCUUCUAUACAACCCCCCGCCCCCAUCCAUAUCCUACCCCUCCCCCGCCGUAAACAAUAGGAGCCACCACAAGGGGGCAGGGCGUGGAGUGGUGAGUCAUCGGGCAGCUUUAAUAGCACUAUUAGAAUUUUAAAAAAACAAAAAAUGAUCAGCUCUGGUUGGUCUAAAGGUGUGUGAAGAUGAGGGUGAACGUGUCCAUAUGACGCUGGGGCAUAUGGACCCCUGAAACGUGGCAUCAGUGUGCAGCAUCGCAGGUGCAUUGUGGGUAAUAUGAGAGCGAGAGAGACACGAGCCGGCGAGCUUCUGUCUGUGAAUGAAUGCGAGCCCUACAGGAGUCUGGUCGUAAGGCAGUAGCCAGGCCGCAGGUCCAAGGUGCUCCAGAGGGUGGCUCCGCUGCGCGGUGCAGACGGACGGGAAGUGUGAAAAAGCUGCGGCGCUCUGUGUCCUUUAGAAAAGUAGGAUGGAAUUUGGGAGCGCCACUGGGAAAGAAAUGUAUUAAGAAAAGUUCUGUCACAAGUUUUAUUAAAGGCUUGGGCAAGAUUGAGGGAGAGGAGGGUGUGGAGAUGAACCAGGAGAGUGCGUAGCGUGAGGAGAGAGACAAAACAGGGCCUGAAGGAGAGCUACUUAACCAAGAAAUAAAAGCAUAGUCUUGACCUCAUCCAAACAAGCUGUGAACAAGGCAAUACGCAACAGUCGCCUCACCCUGUACUCAUUAAUUCUACACCAGGGAGCCCCACAGCCAUGGCGUGGGGUUGUAUCUUCACUAUAACUUCACCCUGAUGGGCUUUUCCUUGAAAGGAACUGGACUGAUGUGACUUUUAUCCAGUGGUGUUUUACAUGGUGUAUUUAAAUGAUGUGUACAACAAAGCACACCGUGUCCCAUGCAUUAUCCACACCUCAGAAUGAGUGUGAACAUGAAAUGCUAACUCUGUGAGUGAGUGGGGGUGGUGUGUGUGACAAACACAUACCGAUUUCAUGCAUUUUCAGGCAACUUCCGAGGUUUGGAGUAAAUAUAUGUUUGUACCUUACAAAAUGGAAUGUGAUGGCAAAACUAUUUUUGAACAACUAUAUAUCCUUUUUUAAAACUUGUGUGCUGAUUUCAUGAAUGGCCGGGCUCGCGUGUACAUCCUCUGAAGGCUGUUCUCUUGUCUCCGAGGUUUGAAUUGUGGAGGCAUUGUGCUGGGGACUACACUUCUGCCAUGGCAGGCCUCAGUUCAUUUUUCUGUUGAGUCGGUCCAGGAAAUUGAUUUUGAUUCAGUUCAUGAAUGUAAAAUUAUAUCCAUGACAGCAAUUUUCUCAUGAAUUAUCCUCAAUUUUCAUCAGUUAUCAUCCUCAGUUAUCAUCGCUGCUGAUCUUAAGGUGGAAGAGCCACAGAACCUGCUGGUGUUUGUUUCCACCUUGAGAUCAGCAACCGAUUCAGACCCAAGACGCCAUGUGACCUGAGUCAGCUGUGUAAUCAUCUGCUUUAACUGAUCAAUUGCUGUGCUACUCAAGUGCUGAGUUACAACAAAAACAAGCAGACCCCAUGGCUGUCCAGGACCAGGACUGAGGACCACUGUUCUAUGAGGAUUUUUCCAGUUCAUGUCAUGAAUUGACUGAACUUUAAUGGAACUGACCCCAGCUCUGUGUCCCGGAGCUGAACCCAGCUCUGUGUCCUGGAGCUGAAUCCAGCUCUGUGUCCUGGAGCUGAAUCCAGCUCUGUGUCCCGGAGCUGAAUCCAG